AGAAUCGGGCUAAAUUUCUGAUUUUUUUUUUUGUUUUUGUUUUCGUGCUUUGUCUUCUCUUGUUGAUCUCUGGUGUCAUUAUUCCGUUUGCCCUCUUGGGAUUUUGAUUGAUCUGGGUUCAAAGGGCGGUCAUUUCUUUUGUUGUUGCUUUUCUUUUCUUGUCUCUGCUGUUCUUUCCAUGGCUUAAAUGCUUCGGCUUUAGUUUUGCUGUGAUAUUUGCUUUCCAUGGCGUAAAUUUUUUAUGUAUUGUUCUUGAGAAGAGCAAGGCUGUGUUGCUGGGCUUUUUUCUGGUUUUCAGGCUUUUGAAGAGAAAACCAAGCGAAUAUAAACUACGCGUUGUAUGCAAAUUCCCUUGUGUUUCGAUGAAUGUGUGAUAAAGUUUUGAUUUUUUUUGCUUUGAGUGUUGUAACCUUCUUCUAUUGCUUUGUGGGUCGCUUGGGUUUUUAAUCAGCAAUGGCUUUCUUCAGCAAAUUCGGGAACAUACUGAAGCAGACAGCGAGCAAGCAGCUCAAUGGCCAGAGCUCUUUAUCAAGCCCUUCGAUCUUCCAGACAAUAAGGUGCAUGUCAUCUUCACAGCUCUUUAUUGGAGGUAUUUCGUAUGACACAGAUGAACAAGCCUUGAGAGAAGCUUUCUCUAGACACGGUGAAGUCGUUGAAGCUAGAGUUAUUGUGGAUCGUGAAACGGGUAGGUCAAGGGGCUUUGGCUUUGUCACAUACACUUCUUCUGAGGCGGCCUCCAGCGCUGUCCAGGCUCUGGACGGGAAGGAUCUGGACGGUAGGUAUAUUAGAGUGAAGUACGCGACCAGAAAAUCAGGUGGCUCCCAUAGUUCUGGGUUUGGCAGAAACUAUGGCGGCUAUGGAGGCAGCAGUGGUGGUUACAGAUAUGGAGGUGACUUCCAUGGCAACUAGCUCGGAAACAACAACCAGUUUGAUGUCGGCAGAAACAGGGAUGGAUUUGCACAAGAACAUGACAACAAUGAUGACAACAAUGUUGCCAAAAGAGCACGAGGAUUCAUCACAUGAAUCUUCUGAUGGGUUCAGCUUAUGUUUUUGUUUUAACCCCUCAAAUCUUCCUUGUAAUCUUCUUCCUCCAUACUUAUAUCGAGAUUCAAUAACCAUUUUCCUGUCCAAUAUGCUUAACCAUUGCCUAAUACACUUCUAAACUAUAAUUGUCAA